UACAUUAUGGCGGUGUCUCAAGGAAAUAAGAUAUACAGUUUUAUGGAAAAAGAAUUAAACUUUAUAAUGAAGUCGAUAUUUAUGAUACUUUUGAAAACUAAUAUGGUUCAUCAUGCGCAUCUAAAACGUGAUAAAUUAUAAACAACUUUUAAAUAAUUUAAACCUUAAACUGUGUAUUUUAAUCAAUUUACUACAGUGAAUAUGAGUUUUCGAUAGUGUGUCAUUGACUCAAAACGAAGUGUCAAAAUCGACUUAAUUUUGUGCUUUAUAAAACAUUAAGACAAUUAUUAAAAUUUAAUUUAUUAAAAAUCAUAUAAUCGUUUAAAAUUAAAGUGAAUAAUAUAUUUGUUUAGCCAAUUAUUGUUAUUAAACACAUAUUUUAUUGCUAGUGUAAUUUCCACGGAAAUGAAAAAAUGUAUAUGACGCCAAUGCUUUGUUUUCUUUUUGUCGAAUACUUUCCGUUGUUUUUAAAUGCAUAUUGAAGUUAAAUAUUAAACGUCAUGGCAUAAAAAACUUUCUAUGUAAUUAACUAUUAAUUUACACUUAAACAUGAUACUAAUGGAAAAUUAUUAUCGAACACUCGUUAAGAUGUGUUUGUUUAAUGUUGUUUAUCACUGAUCACAUCUUUGCUGAGGUCAGAGAGUGAUGCCGGUUCAUCAGAUCAAUGUUAAUCCGCCUGACCGGCAACCACCUCUGUCACUUGGUUCUUCCAAUAACAAUAGCCCUGCUGGUGGUGAAGGUUUACCAGAAUGGACAUCAAAAGAAUCAACAUAUCCAACAGUAGUUACAAUUAUACCAGAUCAUUAUCAUUCAUCAGUAAGCACAUUGUCUUCAAGCAAUGAUAUUUGCAGAAUAUGUCAUUGUGAAGGUGAAGAAGGUGCUCCACUUUUAGCACCUUGUUAUUGCAGUGGCAGUUUACGCUAUGUACAUCAAGCUUGCCUUCAACAAUGGAUAAAAGCUUCAGACACACGUGCUUGUGAAUUAUGUAAAUUCACAUUUAUUAUGCAUGCUAAAACAAAACCAUUUUGUGAGUGGGAAAAACUUGAAAUGUCUGCCCUAGAAGUUCGUAAAUUAUGGUGUGCAGUUGCUUUUCAUGCAGUAGCUGCACUUUGUGUGGCUUGGUCUUUAUACGUACUCGUUGAACGAUCUGUGGAAGAAGCUCGACGUGGAUAUGUAGAUUGGUCUUUCUGGACUAAAUUAAUAGUUGUUGUAAUUGGUUCUACAGGUGGUUUAGUUUUUAUGUAUAUUCAGUGCAAAGUAUAUAUUACAUUAUGCAGAAAGUGGCGAGCAUUUAACAGAGUAAUAUUUAUUCAAAAUGCUCCUGAAAAAGUGGUGCUUCCUCCCUCACCUACAGACUCUUUGAGAGAAGUAACAUUGCCUCUAAAAGAUCCAACUGCCUCUAUGCCUGAGCUCAAUCAUUCCUUAUUACCCUGUAACAUAGAUCCUCCAUGUGCCUCGCAGAUGGUAAAACCGGAUUCUGCCGCGCCUCCACAAAGGCACGACGCUCAAUUGAAACUUUAUGUAUUUGAUAAAUUAUCCUCGUCUGAAGACAACUUAUAAUACAAUUGGUAUAAUACAAAUGGCUGCUAAUUGUAUAUUAAUGAUUAGCAAAAAAAAAAUAUAUAUAUACAUAUAAUGCAAAUGUGUCUAGAAUAAAGUUAUAAUUCUAGACUACAAUACGAUUUUGAAAAUCGAAGUUUCUAUUUCGAAACUGUCAAAUGUCCGCCCUUAUGGAGCACCUCUAUCUGGAACCUAGUACUUCAGUGCUUACAUUGACAAUGGAAUAGUUGAAAGUGUUUAACCAGUAGGCUAAACAUUUUCUCCAACAAAUGUGUACAUAAUUAUUGUAUCUGUGAUGUUAUUAAAUAAAAUUUACCAUAUUUAAA